GCCAAUACGAAGUGUAGUCAGUGCGUUGUGUAGUAGUUUGCAUCUGUGCACGUGUGCGUACGCUCUGUAGCUGAUCAAUGGCUAAAAUGACAGGAAUACCCGGCGUUGUAAAACCUAAAACGCAAAAAGGAAAGCGUUUUCUCGAAAACCGCGCGUCAAAGCUAGUUGAAAACACGAAGAGUGCGAUAUUCAUCCGAGGGUCCAAUGCCAACAACACAGUCUUGAAAGCCAUGAGGAAUAUAUGUUCUCUGAAAAGACCUCAUUCAGUAUUCUUUAACAAGAAAAAUGAAAUGAAGCCAUUCGAAGAUCAGACAGCGCUUGAGUUCAUGACACAGAAAAAUGAUGCCUCGCAUUUUGUGCUUGGAACGCACUCGAAAAAGCGGCCCAACAACUUGGUUGUCGGCCGGACAUACGAUGGACACCUUCUGGAUAUGUUUGAACUCGGAAUGGAAGAUUUUAAAGCACUGGAGGACUUCAAGAUCCCAAAAGUACCUGUAGGCACAAAGCCCAUGCUGAUUUUUGCUGGUGAACAGUUUGAACAAAACAAGGAUCUUGAACGGUUGAAGAAUUUCUUCAUAGAUUUCUUCCGAGGUGAAACAGCAGAGGCUAUAAGUCUACAAGGACUUGAGCAUGUUAUCAUGUUCACUGCAGUGGAGAACAAGAUAACAUUGAGAAGCUAUAAGGUGCUGUUAAAGAAGUCUGGAACCAAGACUCCUCGUGUUGAACUGGAGGAAAUUGGCCCCCGUGCAGACUUAACCCUCAGACGAACUAAGAUUGCAUCUGAUGACUUGUUCAAGACAGCAAGAAGACAGCCCAAGCAGAACAAGGUCAAGAAGAAGAAGAACAUUGAGAAGACUGCGCUGGGUGCCACAAUGGGACGUAUUCACAUGGAAAAGCAAGACUUUGGCAAAUUGCAGACUAGGAAGCUCAAAGGCCUCAAGAAGACACCCGAAGAAAAGAAGGCAGCUAGGGCUGCCAGAAAAGCCACAGCUAGAGCUUCUGCCAGUCAGGACACAGAGAUGGCUGUUGAUACAUGAAUUGUGUCUACAGUUUGUUGGAUGUAAAUACACAACGAAAGGGAUUCAUGCUGUUUUUAGCUAUUUGUACUUGAGAUUGCUAAUCAAACACUUUGCAUAAUUCAGUAACUAUUAAGAAAGUGUAUAGCCUUUUACCUUCCAAGCAACAUUUGUUGCCAAUUCAUAAAGAAGUAGCAACACUAGUCGAUUGCUUGGCUCACAAAGGAUGUCCUUUGUGAUCACCUUUCAAGUAUAGCCACAGAAUUGUGUGAAUUGCUCUGUUUGCUAUAUGCAUGUUGCACUUCAGUUCCAGUUUAUUGUUCAUGGUAUAAUUCGGUAAGUAAGGUAAGUAUACAGACUUGGGGAGCAUUUUUAAUACAUACAGCCAGACCUUGUUAUAACGAACUAAUGGAUACAACCAACUACAGUAAAUCCUUAUUAAUACGUACCCGCUUAAUAAUUCCAGUUUAAACAUAGUCAUGAUGAAUCCCUGACGUUUCACCAUUGGCCCUAAUGGUUUUGCUGACCGUAGUUGCUCAACGCAUGCCAAGUGGUUAGUGCAUAGCAUUUACUUUAAUUUUCGCCGCCUGCAAGCGUGGAAUUGAUGAAGUGUCGUGCAUGCAGACCAUAGAUUGCGAAAUUGAGGUGCACGGACUUUUCCCGAACUGCAGUUGCCACCAGUAGUGACGUCAAAACAUGGUAGCCAUGAUACGAUUCCUGCUCCCAUGAAUUCUAUAGCACUUCCACGUUAUCGUCAUGGAUGACAUGGAUGAUGGCCUCUCCGUACCCAAUGCGGUGAGUGCAUUUGCUCUCAUGAGGGUGUUCGCAGAAAUGUGGAUCCUGAUGGAUAAACUGACUUGCGGCGUUGCCAAGUUUGAGGAUGCUGUCGUCGCUGCUAGGUCACCAUGGCGGCAAGUCAGAAUCAGACUUUUUGCUGCCUGCUCGAAAAUAAAACUUGUAUGUGCAUGUGUUUAA